AUGAGUGGUCAGCUUGUAUUUCCUUGGGAGUGCCGCGAUAAGGAGGACCAGGCAUGGGUUGCCUACAACUACCCCCUUCGCCGGACUAACCAGCUGCUUACUGAGGAGAACUUGAGGCUCAAGCGCAUCCUCCGCGAGAAUGGCAUCUCUUGGUCGCCAUUGGCCAAGGCGCAUCUGGCUCAGAAUGACCCCACGAGACGCAAGACUCGAUCAUCUGGUGCCGGCCCCAGUGAUUCGGCCUCCCUGUUUCUACCCACUGAAGUCCUCUUGCGGGUUCUCAAAUUCGCCAUGAAGAGCGAUCAUCCAAUCAUCGACCCGCUGAGUGCUACUACGCCUGAGCAUCUGACCGAAGAAGAGAAGAAGAGAGGCCACCAGAUCGCCAUUCACUUUCUGGCCACAAACAAAGCCUUGAAUGCUGAGGGCACUCGAUUCCUUUGGGAGUCUAACCACUUCGUCUUCACGACCCCUCAAGCUCUGCGCAACUUCAGCGAGCUCAGCUCCCAAUAUCGACACAAGAUCAUGCAUGUCAACCUCCGUGUCGUUGCCCGCUACUAUGAUGAUCAGCGUCGCAAGCAUAAGCUUGAACGAUACUAUCAUACGGAUUUGAAGAAGGACCACCCUCUCAAAGUACACAUGCGACCAAAGGAGUCGCCUCUUGUUCGUGGUGGCUUCCGCUGCUACACCUGGAAUCAGCUCAUCGAUUUCUUUCUGGCCUUGCGUGCCCCGUAUGACCCAGCCUAUAAAGACAAGAAAACCCCCAGGCCAAGACUUCUUCCGUCACUUUCUUCCCUGCGAAUUGAUUUGGUGAACUUUUCAGACUCGCUGUUGCCAUUUUCGGGAUCUGAACUCCAUGAAGUAGCAUCUCACGAACUGGGAUGUACUUUGAAUGAACUUCAAGUCACUGGAAUGCCGUUUGAUGAUGUUGGAAUGAAAGCCUCCGCCGAGCUCAGCGGUCUGGUGAAGGACGAAGGCCUCUACCUUGAUGCAGCAGCUUCUUUCAUUGCAAACUCCAAAGGUCUGCAGAGUCUCAGGGGAGAUAACUGGUGUGCUCGCGUGAUUAGAGCGUACAAAGAUCUCAAAGACGAAAUGGAGGAAGAGGGUCUUGGGCUGGCCGGCGAAGACGGAGAAGAUGGCGAAGUUGGCGAGCACUUCCACCUGCAUUCUUUCGAGGGCUACCACAAGGUAGGCACCCUGCCUGCCGCCCCCGCCGAGGAUGGCCACCCUCUGUCAACCCGCGACGAGAAGAGAGUCAUCUGGAAGAAGGUGCCCAUUGCCCGUGACGCGGACAAGCGGACAUGGGUUCAGUUCUCCCGAAUCAACGGGUACGAGAUUGAGGACUCGGCCUGGGAUAGCGACGACGAUAGAAUCUGUCCUUGCUGCGGAGAUUCUCACCCCAGCUCGUCCAUGCUCGAGCUCAUGAGCGACAUGAGUGAAUAA